AUGCCACCGCCAAGGCCGAAUAAGACUUCCGCUGGCGGGGGCAUACAUGGGAACGCAAAAGGAAACAUCAUGAGCUUCUUCAAGCCAGUCGCGGCAUCGCAGAGCCAGCCUCCAAUGUCACCAGCUCCCGCACAAAACCCAGCAACAGCAUCUUCGUCUCCGCCUGCCCCUUCUUCACCUCUAGAGAGGCCCGUGACGCCCUCGAAACCAGUACCUGUCGAAAUUGGAGCGUCCGACGACGACGAAAGCGACGGCGGCUACUCAGACAACUCGCUAGAAGAUCUCUCAUGUAUCCUUGGUCGUGCGAGGGGCGAUGUCCCUGCGGAGCAAAAACCUCAGAACAACCCGUAUGCCACACCGAGGGCGAAAAGGACAGCGGGGGAGUUUCACUCCUCACCGUUGGCCAUCAUGCCACGACACAAAUUUGACCUGAAGGCGCUUGCGAAAGAUGCACGGCGGGAUGAUGCCACGACAAAGAGCUCGCUGAGAGUGAAGGAAGCCGCGAAUGCAGCCAAGGCGAGCGAAACGAGUGCAUCUUCCUUCGCUACCGGAGAUACCAUUGCGGGAAUUGUGACGGACAAUGGUGGACACGAUGCCCGCAAGGUCCUCAGGGCGGUUCAGAGAUCUGACACUUCCCAAGCACAGCCAAGAUACUUGUUUUUCGACGAGAGCUAUAAGUCACCAUCUCCGCCAGUGGCUCCGAGGCUUGGAAAGGGGUCGCCGUGGAAUCUUUUGACCCAAGGCACCGCUCAAUCCCGAGAGCAGCAUCUGAUAUCUGGCCUCCCACAGACAAUCUUGCGCAAGAAUGGGGAUUUGCCUGAUUCGCUUUUCGAAUGGAUGAUGGAUUCUUUGUGUGUCCAUACGUCGCUCAUCGUGAGGCAAGAAUACUGUAACAUGGUCGUUAGUUGUUCGGAGCAAGUUGAGCGACUUGUUACUGCGGAACGACUGCAGCAACUGUUCAUACGAUUAGGCGCGAAUGAGGCCACAAACUCUAGUGCGACUCCGGAAUUCGCUGUAUCUAGACCGGAUCAUGAGCCAUACGAGGGCCGCGAUUGGUCCUGCCUCCAGUCCUUCAUUUCUCUCCUUGGACUGAUAGCCAGUCAACUAUCUGUGCCAGCGGCAGAAUAUGCUACUCGGAAACUAGUCCAAUUAUCACUGGACAAGUUUCUGAUCUGCAACAUCGACCUACUAGCCGAGUUUGAAUACUCAGUCCAACAACUCGCUGCAGCUAUCCCAAGCUGCAACUGGGAUAAAUUCUGCUUCGAUACCUGCUCCAUGCUCACGCAUGGUCUACAAUCCCGUGCCAUCAAAGCCACUUCUCUUCUCUGUCUGCCAGUUUCCACCAAAAGAACACAUGAUCUACGCAGACGGAUUGCCGUCACAACACUCUUCCAAGACGAUUCUCUGGCCCACCACAACCCAGAAGACAUAAUCACCCUGCGCGGUAUUAUCGAUAUCCUCAACACCGACAACUUUGCCAUCAUCAAUAAGACAGAUUUCGCAGAGUUGCGCGCCAGCAUCAUCCUUCUCGAUAUAGCUAUUGACGAUGGUUCGGUCGUCAGAUUCGAUGACAGCGAUGACGAGAAGAAGUUUAAUGAGGAGGUCGAUGAGCUUGCGGGCAAGUUGCGUGAAAUAUGGAGAAAAAUCAACGACUCGGGCAUGAAGCUGGCAAGGACAGAGGCAAAGAGCGUUGUAGAGUGGGUACAGCAGCGUUUGUCCCAUAGUGUACGGACACGGAAAAUGGCCAAGAAGAGUGUAUUUGAUAUGCCGGGGCAACUGGACGAUCCUUUUCUGCCGAGGCAGAGGGAGUAUAUGAAGAAGUUUUUGCAGAAGACGGCGAAGCUGCCUGGUGUUGAGGAGGCCUCCCAUAUAAUUGACGAGAAUACGAUUGUAUGCGUGGAUUAUUAG